UUAUCUGAAUAUCUCCCCCUUUCAUCUGGACAGUUCUCGAUUUCUGGCGGAGGUGUUUGUUUUGCCCUGCGCUCUUGACUGGCAAGCGCCACGCUUGUUGCUUCGAACGACGUCUCUGCUCCUCCGAGUUAGCGGACCCAAGCGAGUCGGUGACCGGCUGGCCGGCUAAGUGUGUGUGUGUGUGUGCGUUCCCCCGAACCCAUGAGCUCGAAUGGGUAGAGAAGCGGAGCUUUUCCAGGCCGCUCGCUACGGAAAUGUAUCCGUUAUCGAGCGUCUCCUAUCGAGCAAGAACAAGGGCGGCUCAGUCAAGUCCAUAGCCAUAGCUAAUGUGCGACAGGGCUUCAAGCGGCAACUGAAUCCCAACUGCCAGGAUGAGUCCGGAAGCACUCCUAUACACAUCGCAGCUCUUCAUGGACACAAGGAUGCCGUUACUCUCUUACUGAAGCGCAAUGCCUCGACUCACAUCCCAGACGCUCGAGGAAACUUUCCGUUGCAUCUGUCUGCCUGGAAUGGUCACCAGGAGGUGUGCAACAUCUUGCUGCACAGCGGUCCAUCCAAGGCGAACAUCAACGAAGUGAACUCCCUGGAAGAAACUGCAGUCUUGCUUGCUUCGCAGAAUGGUCAUUCGGGAGUCAUCAAGCUACUUGUCGAGUGUCAAGCCAACACUCUGAUUUGCAACAUCCGCUUCGAGUCCUGCCUCGAUCUUGCAUCGCAAUACGGACACUUGGAGGUGGUGAAGAUACUGUGCCGCAAUGCCAAGCUUGUGCGCGUUGGCCACCCGGACUCCACGGCCAUUCAUCUUGCUGCUCGCAACGGCCAUUCGGCGGUCGUGCAGCAUCUUCUUGCCUGCAAUGUGGACGUGAACACGACUACUACUCAAGGCACAGCAUUGCACGAGGCCGCUCUCUUUAGCCGUGUGGAGGUGGUCAAACUGCUGCUUGGCUCAGGUGUUGAUCCCACUCUGAAGAAUGAGAAGGGCCUGACAGCGUUCGACUUGGUCAAUCGACAUCACAGCAGUCAAAGCAACUCUGAGAUACGCUUUCUCUUGGAGGCGGAUCUCCAGAAGAUGGACUUGGCGGUCGCCGUUAAAGAUCACAAGCCCCGACGUGGCACCCCAGGAUGUUUGUCGUUUGACGAAGGCGAUCGCAUUCAGGUCAUUCGCAGGCUGGACAGCUCCACAUGGAUUGGCAUGUGCGAGGGCAGACGGGGGAAAUUCCCGGCCAAGCUAGUUCAGAUCACAGAAACUGAGUUUGAGGCAAACCUCAGCACCUCUCCCAGGAUCAGCGCACUGUCGCUGGAGAUUCGCAGCAGCCAUGCCCGGCCACGAGGAUCAUCCCUAGUCGUUCCCAGACCACGAAGUGGCACAAGUUCAUCGUUAUCUCAUUCAUCGCUUGAUGUGAAUCAAGCCACACCUAACCUGGCUGCUUCAGAUGUCAAACGCUCGGAGCCUCCACCUGCACCGCCAAUGCCGAAUGCUUUGCUACGUGAAAUCGAAGCCCUACGUGACAUGCCAUUCCCGGUGAAGCAAAGCCCUGCAAAACCCAAGCGUAAGAACUUCUCAGUUCCGAAAUCCAAGAUUCCCGUCAGCCGCGUACAAUCCUUUCCAGUCCUGUCCUCCUCGGGCACGCCGGCUGUCAACGGAGCAGCAGUACCCAGUAGUAUGCCGGUGGGAGCAGCCGCAAGUCACCUAAGUGGCCGAGGCAUUGCUUCUGGAAUCCUAGUGGAGAAUGGGAGCAUAGCAACCGGUGGUGAUGGCUCACCGGAUUUGCGCAGAUCCCAUGUGCCUGCCUUGCUUCCAUCAGACACUAGCGUGGUGCAGGCAUCGUCCAGUUCCAGCACAGCUCUGGCAGCUAAUGGCCACGUGGUAAGUAGAACUCACAGAACUCCUCCAAGCAGAACGGGUUCUGAACGCUCGCAGCAAGCUCCCUCCGCUGCUACUGGCGACUCUGAGAGGCAGACGACUCUGUAUGCGAUGGCGAAAGAUGUAAUGCCUGCCAGGACAACUGCUCCGGCUAGCAGCGGAGAAGCUACUCCGAGGAGCACACUGCCAUCAACGGCGGUAUCCUACGACCGAAACUCCGUGCUGUACGCCACAGCUGAAGGCUUCGCACUGCCCAAGGACAUCGAGACCAAGCCCAGAGCUACAUCGUCUCCUCGAGACAUCAAGCGCUGGCCCGAGCGCGUAUCGGUCAAAUCCAGGAAGACGUCGACACCGGCAGACAUGGGUAGCUCUGUACGCGACCCCUCUACAGCAUCAUCAUCCUCAUCCUCCUCCGCGCGGCCACUGAGCACACAGCAAAACCGUGUGCCCCUGGUGGAAUCCCUGUACGCUGCUGUUGUGCUACCGACACCUGACACACAGCACGGGCCGCGCAUUAUCAGCGAGCCCACACGCAAGAUCUCGGCGCCUGUACAAAUACAAUCGCCACGCGGCUCGGCGAGAAAGACCAGCGCGGCAGCGGUGGACACUGGCAAUCAGUAUGCAUGUGCCACCGCUCCCACUCUGGCCUUUCUGUCGGGUGGUACGUCGCCGAAAGACAGACCUCAAGACCCGACCGGCUCGCCGCUAUCGAAAUCCCCCAACUGGCCGACUUCGCCGCCUCCCAACACUGCAGCGCCACCCAAGCCAAGCCCGUCAAUGCUUACCUCACCCCCGGCCACCAGCAAAAGCAGCAGUAGUACUGUGGCUGGUGGGAGUAGUAAUGCUGCUACCAAUCAGGUACAAGCAACAAGGAACGUCGAGAGCCUGUACUGCGAAGCCAGGGCACCGGGUCUGGACAUGCACUCGCCGCCAGCUCUCAAUUCCAACUCCGACGCCAAAUCAGAGGAGGUCACGCCUGAAAAGGACGGCAAGCCAGUCCCUAGGGAAUCCGUCUCAACUCUGACUCCUUCUGACGAUGAACACUUAACCGUCGGCAUGCCAUACCGGUCUCUCUACGAUAGUGACUUCUCCGAUCUCCCGGAGAGCGCAAAGCGAGUGAGUGCGAGUUCGGAGAGUGGGAAACACGUGAGUGAUUGUUCCGCGACAUCACCUUAUGGACUGGCUACGGUGAAUGAAGGCUCGCUUAGAGUUGGUGGUGAAGAGGAUGGCGAGGGCAAUGGGUAUUCCCUUGGUACAGUUCAGCACACCCGCCUUCUCUCACCAACCAACCCGGCAUACGAAGCAGUGCUCGUGGACAAUGAUGUCAGCGUCCUUACCAGCAGUAUGGAGAGGGAAACCGACUCCGGCAGCAUUCAAUCGUAUAGCUAUGUGGAUAUUGUUGGAGAGGGUGCGGACAAGAGAAUAUCAGCAGCUGUCAACUCCCCCGACAAGCAGCCACCGUCUGCGUUGGACCUGCGUCCGCUCAGCACAAUAGCUACUGCCAAGCGCGCCUCGUCUCUUCCGCCAGCUCUGACAACUCAGCCUGAGCCGCCGUCGCAAGCCUAUGGUGUCCUGUCGUCGGAGGUGCCGCCGGUGUCCGCGCCCAGCCCAGUCGCCCGCGGUCUGAAAACCAGAGCGUCUGCACCGGCAUUCACCUCCCUGGCAACUACAUCUACCAACAAGCCGGUAGAGGCAGCACAAGUAUACCAUGGUGCCGCCAACUCCAAGCUGCCAGCGCCCGGUCUGCACUAUGCAGUCCCCGCAAGCCCAGCGAGGAAAAGCUCCGACACGGCACCGAGUGCUGGUGGAGGUGAGGUGACGGAUGAGGAUACGCACUUCAGUCGUGUUCAGCAGUCGGCAGAAGAGCAGCUGGCAGCCAUGCUGAAUGACCUGGAGAUCCUGCAGCCGCGCCGAUCCCAGCGUGCCGACUCCAAGGCUACUUCAGUGUCAUCCGAUUCACUGGAGACCUCCAGCAGAGCUGUGGAUGUGUCCUCUGCAAUGGCCAAUGUCGACGUUCCUACAGCCGUGGAUCACUCCACGCCAUUAGCAUCACCUGUUGGGAAAACACAGCCGCUGCCAAAGAAUGAGGAAGAGCAACGGCAUUCACUCACCAGACCUGACGACGACGUUGAAGUCGUCCUUGCCGAUUUGUCCGGACUGGCUCUUGGAGGUUCACUGCCUCGUCGGCGCACUGCAGGAAGCAUAGAUGAGGACGCCGACGAAUGGGAAAAGAUCAUGGCUAUGUGUAAAGAGACGACUUCAGAGAAGCCUGCUGACGCCGCAGCCUCUGCUGCUGCUGCGCAGUUGUCAACCUCACCACGUCAAGCAGGAGCAACAAAUGUGAGUCAGUGGUUAGCACAGUAUCAUCUACACAACUAUGCAUCCCUGCUGAUACAGAAUGGCUUUGAUCAUCUGGACUACUUGAAAGAGGAGAUCAUGUCCGACAACGACCUUCUCCAGAUUGGUAUUGUGUCAGACGAAGAUCGCAGUGAUCUACUAGCCUGUGCCAGCAUGUUAGCAGAUAGAGCAGAGGAGCCAGCACCCGACAGUGUUCUGGAGUGGCUGGCGCAGAUUGGCUUGUUGCGUUACUACCCCGAGCUGGUGGACGUUCCCGAGCUCAAGUCUAAAGAGUCCGUCUGCCUGUGGUCGGACGACCAAUGGACAAAGGUUGGGAUCACUAAGAUCGGACAUCGGCGUCGAUUGCUGGCGCAUUCCAAUGACAUCAAUGUCUUCUCCAUCAACCACCGGGCCAUGGAUGCCCUCAAGCCCAGGAAUUCACAGGGCUCCAUCAGACUGUCGAAAGCGCACUCCUCAUCCUCGUCGUCGGAGGUAGAGCCAUCGCGUAAGAACUCCUUGUCCAGUGCAUCCCAGGACAAUGGUACGAUAACCAGUGGAGCAAGCAACAGGUCGUCUGGCCGACGGCCUUCGGCGCCCACUGAUAGAAAGCAGAUACCUGAAGAAACAAUCGCGGACCCGACGGAAGGCCGCAUUUCAACCGCACCGGCACAGCGCAGCACACCCAUACCAUUACCCCGCAGUAUGAGUUCUUCGGCGAUGCUGAAGUUAGGUGUGGCCAAGCCUCCUGCCACGACCGCAUCAACAAGUACAGGCCACGUGGCCACCAAGACACCAUUACGCAAACAUCAGAGCUCUCCUAAACUCACAACAGUUACAGCGACCCCACCGGUGAUACCACCCAAAAAAUCCGAAUCGGCACACGCGUUGAAAGUUACCCGAACACCUUUGCAGAAAGGCACUGUUUCUCCUUCAACGUCCGUGUCUUCGGGAAAGAGUUCUCCCAACGUGGAAUCCACCUCAACUUCUCAACUAAAGAAAACCGAACCCGACCGAGAGGAGGCAAAGUCGUCGAGAAAACCUAGGCCUGAGGCAUCGCGUUCAAAGUCCCGUGCCCAGCUUGAGGCGUCAGCACCUAGCGAUGCUCGCCGGGAGAGCAGUGCUGCCCUGAGAUCGCUGGGCAUCGACGGUGAGCGUUUGGACACGGUGCACGGGACAUGGCAUCGAAUGAAGAAGGAACUCUCCGAGAGCGCGAUGGAGUAUGAAAUGAAGUACCUUGGCAGCAUGAUCGUCUUGCAAUUCGAAGGCUCCAAGACCACUGAGAUGGCAUGCAAGCGUAUGCGGCAAUCCACCGCACAGCUGUUCAAGAUUCCACGGAUCAUCCUCCGCGUUAACAACAAAUCAGUUGCCUUUCUGGAUAGUGUCACUAAGAACGUACUUCAGGAGCAUGACAUCACAUGUGUGCUGUACGUCAGUCAAGAUCCAGUAGAGCUGAGUGUGUUUGGUUAUGUGACUCAGGAUCACACUACCGCCAAGCACAUUUGCCAUGUGUUCAGGUGCUUUGAUUCGGCCAUGGCGGAUGAGAUAGUGCUGACGUUCGGUCACGUAUUCCAGAUUGCAUUUGAGAAUAUGAAGGAACUGCGCCGGCCGUCCUGCACCAGCUGUGGCACUCGCGGCUCGAAGUGUGUCUGCCCUGAGCAGCAGGCAAGCAGCGGGCAAUCGCCGGACAUUGCUUCCAACGGCCGCAAUGCCUCGCCAACAGCCGGCAAGAAGAAGCCACCGCCCAAGCCAACACGUGGUACCCGCAGUGUUGGUGGGAGCUACAUGGACCGACCCAGCUAUAUGGAUCGGCCAUCGCUCGGCGCCUCGUCUGCAAGCAUGGCUAGUGAAGACUCAUCCAUGUCGUCCAUGCUGGCCUUUUCACCGCCCAAUCGCGGAAUGCUAGAGCAAGACACAACCUCACUCAACUCCUCUCAGAAUGAUCUUCUUUGGCACACUGUUCAGUCCACUUUCGGUGACACCUGAGCAGAUGUUGUCCAAGACAAACUGCCGCCGCUGCCGCGUGUCCCCCACACAACAGCAUUCACGGCUUCACAUCACCGGCUCGUGUUACUGGCAACCAGCCAGCGACCAAUCAGACGUGACGAUCUCUUUAGUUACACGUUUGCAUGCUGCAUAGCUUUCCAUUUUGUUUCCUUUGAUUUAGCCUUGAUCCAGAAAUCUUGAGUAUAUCGCAAGUAUGAGCCACAAUUUCUAUCAACACAUUUUCUCCCCCUUGGUGGAUAUUUAUAAUGAUGCUGGAACUUAGCAUCACUCUUCCCUCCUGUUCUGGUGUACAAUUAGCCACUGAACAACUUUUUCUUUUAAUUACAGUUUUUAGACUCACAAUCAACUGGGCAAAAAAAUUCAGAAGCAGGUUGGUGUGCGAGCGCCGAUUUCGCUUCAUAUUUAAACUUCUAGUUGCUGACAAUUAAGCCACCAUCUUGCGACAACAUUUUCAUCAUGGCAUCGAGCGUGUACAGUAAGAUCGGACGCCGAAGAACGCAGGGGCUCAGGGCGCAGCCUAGCAGUGUAUCGUUCAGAUUUUAAUCGUUUCGUUUUUAUUCCGCGAUCAUGCGAUGUGAUCAUAAAGCAGUACAAAUGUUCUUAGAUCUGCAAAUCUAGCGGUUCUGUGCCAUUUACCAGAGUUCUUCGGCGAAGUGUUCUACGGCGCCCGAUCAUACUGUAAUGCGAAAGCUGUUGUUUCUGCUUGAGGAAGGAGAAACAAGCGGAAAAUUCUACCGAAGAAGAAAAUCUAAAAAUUUUCUUUAGCACUCAUCAGGAGAACAUGUAAAAAGUUUAAGAACGAGAGAGCUUGGAAGCUCAGGGCCCUUCGCUAUGCUUUUUGCCUUGAUGACCUAGGCAAAAAAAGUUAUAAAUUUUUCAUUUCUCCUAUUUUUUUUUCAAGACAUAACCUGGGAUUCGAACCUGCACUAUCGCUCUGCAUGCAUCCCCCGAUACACUUCGCACACAUACCAAUUCUUCCAAGUAAGUUGCUUCACGUUAUGAUCUUGCAUUUGAAAACCCUAUUUGAAUAUCGUGGCCAGGUGUUUGUGGCCAGCCCUAGCCGUCUCUGAUGGUACGGUACGGGAUAGAUACGGUCGAGGGUAAUGCGACACCGUCUACCACCUUGAUGACCUAGGGAAAAAAAGCAUAGGGAUGUUAUACAUUUUUCAAUUCUCCUAUUUUUUUAUAAGGCAUAACCUGGGAUUCGAACCUACUUGCAUUCCCCAACACACUUCGCAUUCAUACUCAUUCUUCCAAGUUCCUUCACGUUAUGGUCUUGCAUUUAGCCCUAUUUCAA